AUGCGCCAAACUCUCCGUCGCUCGUGUGAUACCUGCGCCAAAUCAAAACACAGCUGUGACCUCCGCACGCCGCGCUGCUCUCGCUGCGUCAAGCGCAAGAUCCUGUGCAUAUACGCCAACGAACCCUUGACGGCACCACCGCCGCCGCCGGCUGCACCGGGGCCGGAUGCUGCCGGAUCCGCGAGACAUCACCAUGGGUCCUCCGGCGCAUUGACCAGCUACAGAUUCGGAGCGGUUGAUCCUUUCGAUUCGUAUCCUCAGACGAGGCUUCCGAGAGAACAUGUUCAGCGUCUGAUUCAUAGUUUUCUCCACAAGAUCGCGUUUCAAUACUACCCUCUCGACCUGAACGCGACAUCAAAUCCGUUCCUCGUCUCUUGGUGGCCGCUCGCGCUGGGUGACCCAGCACUAUUUCACGUCUCCCUUCAGACAGCAUGCCUUGACGAAGAGCUUUUGGCUCAGAAGGGCUUUCAGGCUUCCGAGAUUCUUAUGGCCGAUUCGGUCGCGUUGCUCCGUCGUAAAGUUGAAGACACGUCCCUAGCCGUACAGGAUGGGACUAUGAACUCCGUCAUCACCCUUGCUGCGAUCGAAUUUGGCAAAGGCAACACUAGAGUCAGCGAGAUGCAUGUCGACGGAGUGACAAGGCUUGUCAAUAUGCGAGGCGGCAUCAACUCAGUGAGGCAAACAAGUCCACUGACUGCCAGAAUGGUCAGCUGGGUAUCGAUGAUUGUAAAAGGCCACCCUCAAUUCGAAACCCAGGAUGACGAUGGCAUUGGACACGGCAUACCCCCAAUCCCCGAAUGGCAAAUCGAACCGAGUCAGGUCGACGAUGAAUUUCUCAACCUAGCCGAUCUAGACGUCGACCACGCGGUAUGGAAUGCCUUCGUUCGCCUCCGUAACGUCUUCCAACGAGCACGACGAAUACCAUUCUCGACGACAAGACUUCACGACCUGACCUGCUUCGUAAUACACCGUCUUCUACUCUCUGCCCCAGAUCCAGUAAAAGACCAACCGUCGCCAAUGACAGAGUGUCUUCGAUACGCCAUCAUACUCUACAUGUUCAACGUCCACGGACCGACCUACUACUCCCACGCCGUGAUACUAAACAACACAGUCGCGAGGUUCAUGGAACAGCUCAAACGGCUAGAGUUCACGCCUCGCGUGUACAAUUCCCUCGAUGUAUGGCUUCAUGCAGUAGGAAUGGUAGCGUCUGCUGGAACUCCACAUUAUGAAUGGUUUGCCGAAAGAGCGUGGGUCGUAGCCGCUUCUUUAAACCUAGAUAAAUGGGAGGACGUGUUCUCCCAUAUCGAAAGGGUAUUAUGGCUGGAGAUGCCCCAGAGCGAGGAUGUCUUCCAUUCACACUGGGACGCUAUUCUUAGCCCGGGAAUGGCUAAGGGCAGGAUCUAUGCGACGGAGGAGCUGUGGACAUGUCAUCAGGGGGUCAUCACCCGGCUGUACAAAGACGAGAACAAGCCGUUAAAGGAAGUAAAGCAGAUCAUGGAGACUGAAUACUUCUUCCACGCGACGGAGAGAAUGUACAAGACGCGGAUCAAGCGAUGGGGUCUCGAUAAGAAGUUUAAGGAGGCUGAAGUGCUCGCUAUGCUUAAGCUCAAGCGGGACCGCGACGCUGUCGGCAAGGACACGCGCUUUGCUAUCCGCAACCAGGAUGUCAACUGGGACCGCGUGGUCCACUAUCUUAAGCGACGGUCUGACCUGCAGGACACCCUACGCCUGUCCGCCGCCGGCGGUUCCGAUAAGUCCGUCGUCCAAUGGGAUCGUGUCGUCCAAUACCUGAGGCAGAGGCCGGACCUGACGGAGGAACUCGAGGCCGUCGCCCGUCUCGAUGUUGUCUGCAGGACGCCCUCGCCCUUCCCCGAGCCGGUCGACCAGGCCCCUAACCUCCGCUUCACCGACGAGAUCCUGCGCAUUCUGGGCGGCUUCUUCGACGGCGUCUUCCAGGACAGCGUGUGGUCCGUCGUGGACGGGGCCCUCUGCGUCCGCGGCCGGCGCGCCAGCCGCAAGCGCCUCGACAGGUGGUGCGGCGUUAUGGGCGGCGUCUGCGACCUCCUAGGCCGCGGCGAGACCGAGGCCGCGGCCGCCAUCCUCAAGGACGAGUUCGGCUUCAUCAAGUGGAUCGUCCAGAACCAGGACCCGGAGCUCACCUACUUCAUGUGCUAUAACACACUCCGGCAGCCCCCGCAUAUCGCCGACGUCCUCGUGCCUUACGCCUGCGGCAUGUAUGCCGCGGUGCUUGGGGAAAAGCACCCCCUCACUCUGAUAUGGCGGCGCAUUGGAGCGGCUGGCGCGGCCGACCGCAUCGGCGUUCUGAGCACCCUCGUCCGGUACACCUCGCGGUACCUGGAGACGAGGCUGGGCGUGCUCAACGUCACGAUGAACUGGAUCCACGGGCUGCACUGCCAGCUGCUGGAGGUGCUUGGGGAGACGGGGGGUAACGACUUCCAGCGCGUGGUGUCGACGUACACGCGGGCCGCCGGGGAGUACGCGGACGUGGGACGCCUCAAGGACGAGUGUAAAUGCCUCUUCGCGCUGGUCGGGCUCCACAGCACGGCGAAGAGGUACGACCUGGCGAUGCAGACGCUAGAUCGGGCCUACGGGGUCGUCGAGGAGGUGCGGCGCAGCCAUCCGGCCGCCGAGCAGCUGAUGCAGGUGUGGACGUAUGGCCAGAUGGGCCAGCUGAGCUACAGUGUGAUGAGCGCCGGCAAGUACAAGAAGAAUUACGCGUCGGAGCACGCGUACGCCGUGGAGAGGUACGGGGAGAAUAGCAAAGAAGCGUUGUCGCACAUGCUGGAAGUUUGCAACGAAGAUGAAUCCGCAAGCGCGACCCGAAGAUCAUCAGCCUCCCUCAUCCGAUACCCUCAGCCAUCAGAUGACCCAGCCGACCCUCUCAACUGGCCAACAUGGCGCAAGUUUGGGCUUCUCUUGACAGUCAGCCUGUACUCGUUCGCAGGAAACUUCACCAGUGCCAGCAUCGCGCCAGGGCUUCAACUGUGGUUCACAACUUUCCCGACCCAAAUCAGGCCCUUCAGCGACUUGACAUACUUCAUCGCUAUUAGCACCUUAUUUCUCGGUGCCUCGAACAUAUGGUGGGUACCGUUGUCGAACAUCAUCGGCAGGCGUCCAGUGCUGCUCGUCUCGACAAUCAUCAUGACCGUCUGCACCGUCUGGUGCGCGGUCGCGACUUCAUACGAUUCUGUCCUUGUCGCGAGAGUCUUCCAGGCUAUUGGCGGAGGAGCUUCUGAGACAGUUGCUCCUGCUCUGAUUGGAGAGGUGUUCUUCGUUGAUGAACGUGGUAGGGCCAUGGCCAUAUACACAGUGUUUCUCGCCGGUGGCCCCUUGAUCGGAGGAAUCGCUGGUGGAUAUAUCGGCUUCCAACAUGGAUGGGCCUACAUCUUCUGGGUCGGAGUUGCCAUCUCAGCAGCAUGCGUCGUCGGAGUCUUCUUCUUCGUCCCCGAGACCCUGCACGACAGAGUCCUCUCGCCAGAAGACCCAGCCAUCUUGCAGCAAAACUUCGAUGAAAAGGUCAUGGAUAGCCAAGUCGAGGAUGCCCGAAGCCAGGCCACGACCUACAAGCCCUACACGUUCGCCAGGUCCCUCGGCUUCACCCACUACCGCGGCGGUGUGAUUCGCAACUUCAUCGCCCCGUGGCGAACAUUGGGUCUCCCGGGUACUUGGGUAGUCAUGUUCCACUACGCCGGGCUGGUCGGCGGUAUCGUCACCAUCUCUACAAUCGGACCCCAGCUCAUGGCCAUGCCCCCCUACUUGUGGGGCGCGAACGUCGGUCUGAUCAAUGUCGGAGGUGUCGUCGGAACGAUGCUCGGGGCCUUGUACACGUACCUCCUUUCCGACGCUCGACUGAAGAAGACGGUCAAGACCCAAGGAGGACUGGCAGAGCCCGAGAACAGACUUCCUACCAUGUUCCCCGCGCUCAUCAUUGCCACAGGAGGUUUCUUUACCUUUGGUUUUGUGGCUCAAAAUCCCUCGCCGAAUGGUUGGGUGGGCUUGUGCUUUGGUUUUGCGAUGGUGGCCUUUGGGCUCAUGCAGGUUCCCUCGAUCGGUUUCAACUAUCUGAUUGACUCGUACGGCCGACUCUCCGGUGACUGCUUUGUCGUCGUCACCAUUAUGCGAGCUAUCAUCGCUUUCGCCUGGACGUUCUUCGUAUCGCACUGGGUCGAGGAGAAGGGGGCUGCGGAGCCUUUUGGAGUCUUCGGAAUGCUGAUGGGUAUCUUCUCGCUACUCACUGUUCCGCUUUGGCUUUAUGGCAAGCGGGCGAGAAUUGCGACUCGGGAAUUGGUUGAGAGGACUUGA